GGUCGCUGCAGGGCAACACCCCGGCGUCCCUGGAAGCGGGGAGCCGGACACCCCGGCGUCCCUGGGAGUGGGGGGGUGCCGGGAUGGUGCUGGGGAGGAGGCGCAGAGCCAUCGCCCCGGAAAUCCCCGGAUCGGGGACAGGGUCUCUGGGAUCGAGAUAGUUACGCCAGGCUGAACCAUGGCUAGACGGCCCAUCCUCUUAGGUGACCAGCUGGUCCUGGAGGAAGAUUCUGAUGAGACCUACGUUCCCAGUGAGCAAGAAAUCCUUGACUUUGCCAGGGUGAUUGGCAUUGACCCUGUCAAGGAACCAGAACUGAUGUGGCUGGCGAGAGAGGGGAUUGAGGCUCCAUUGCCCAAGGGCUGGAAACCAUGCCAGAACAUCACAGGGGAUCUUUACUACUUCAACUUCGACACGGGGCAGUCCAUCUGGGACCAUCCAUGUGACGAGCACUAUCGAAAGUUGGUCAUCCAAGAGAGGGAGAGAUGGUCGGCUCCCGGGGCCAUUAAGAAGAAAGACAAGAAAAAGAAAAAGGAAAAGAAAAACAAGAAGGACAAAGAGGCCUCCAAAAGUCCUCUGGAACCACAGCCCGAGCAGGGACUUCUGCCUUCUUCUUCCUUUCUCCGUGGCCUGUCCCCUCUCUCAGCACCUGGGCUUGCUGAUCUGGACCUAGACCAAGAGGUGCAGGCUAGAAAUGAGGCCUUUAAGAGAGGGAGGAGCCUGAACACGAUGGGCGACACACCGUGGCCUCUCACGGGUGCCCUUCCUGGUAAGCUGCAGCCACUCUCCAAAGGCCACGCUUCCCGAACCCACCAGAUCUUCGCUGACGUGGAGAAAAUCUUAGGCAGGCCUUCGAUCCAAUGCAAGACCGAGUUAGGAGACCUACAGGGUCUGGAGUCAGCCCAGAAGGCCACAGAGAAAAUCUACCUGGGGUUUUCAGACCCUGAGAUAGAAAAGAUGGAGUUGAGGACCAGACAGCAGAGACUCGGCGCCGGGGGUGCUCAGAACCCGGAACCACUCCACAGCGGGCAGGAUGGGUCGGAAUGCAGGAGCCAGACCCCUGUUCACUCGAAGCUUUCUGAGGCUCCCAAAGGCCUGCAGCUCAAAGGUGAGCGGCCUAACCACAGCAUAGCCACACUGAACUGCACUGGCCCCGGUGGGGACAAGGGUCAGAGCACCGCUCCCUUGCCACCCUCUGAGGAGGAGCCCUCCCUAUCCCUUGGUUCAUCCGACCACGUGCUGCCUGCCAGGAGGAAUAAGCUGUUUUUACUAGAGAGCAGCCCGGCAGAAGACUUGAGCUGGCAGGGAGUUCCUGGGGAAGGUGGGGACGUGGGCAGGGAGAGGUGGAGGAGAGAGUGUCCAGGCCUAUGGAUGGGACAGGUCUCCAAGCUUAUCAACAAGGACACCCCAGAGAGAUGCAAGGAAACAGAGCCUGCUGCUCCCAAGGAUGCAGAGGCCUCAGCCGGAGAUUCACCACAGGGACCCUCGCCGAUGCCACCGGAGACCCUGGCGUCGGAACCAGUUCCAAAGCCCCCUUCAGGCGACCCUGCCAGUGAAGACAGGCAGCAUCCACCCGAGAGUCCAGAGCCUCCCAAUGAAGAUAGGAAGCCCAGCACACCUGGGGCUGACUCGGAUAACAGUAGCGGAGAGGGCAGUAGCCUGGCCUCACCCCUAGGCUCCCAGGUCCUAGGCGAGAUAAACAACUUCCCUUGGGACCUGCAGAACCCCCAGGGGUCUGUUCCUGUGAUGGGCCUGUCAGGCCCGGGGCCUAGAGAUGUGCGAUUCUGCCCUUUCCUGGGGCCCCAGUUGUCCCACAUUAGCUCUGUGGAGGAGCAGUCCGAGAGCGAAGACUACUCCGAGGACCAGAGAUUCUACCAGCACAUCCUGCAGAUGGUCAAGGUCUCCAGGCAGCUGGAGGGCCUGGGGCUGCCCGAGAACAUGCAGGAGAUGCCGUGCAAAGAUGUCGCCGGCAUGGCCUGUAACAUGGCCAACGAGCCUUCCAGGAUGUCUAGUGAGGGUGACCACAAGGCCACCAGAGCUCUGGAGAGGGACUCGGGGUUACUGGCCUGGGGUCCAGAGCUGCUGGAACAUCCUCCGGGUGCGGUCUCCGUCUCUGCUGGGCAGGAGGUCUCUCAGCAAGCACAGUACCAGCCCAGCGGCCUCAGACAGGGGCCGAUCCAGCCCAGUCCCGACACCGGGCUUGCUGCAGAGCCGAGCAAGAUGCAGCUUCUCAGCCAGGUCCUGGGUUCCCCCUUAGCCCUAGUCCAGGCCCCUCUUUGGGGCCUGGCUCCCUUACGAGGCCUUGGGGAUGCCCCACCCUCUGCUCUUCGUGGAUCGCAGAGCAUGAGCUUGGGGAGCUCGGCGGAUUCUGGGCAUCUUGGGGAGCCCACGCUGCCUCCACAGGGUCUCAAGGCUGCUGCUUGUGCAAAGGGUCUCUUGGCUUCUGUUCAUGAGGGCAAGAAUGCUCUCAGCCUCCUGACUUUAGGGGAAGAGACCAACGAGGAGGACGAGGAGGAGAGUGACAACCAGAGUGUCCGGAGCUCCAGUGAGCUUCUCAAGAACCUACAUCUGGACCUUGGUGCCCUGGGAGGUAACUUUGCAUAUGAGGAGUCUCCAAGAACCAGCCAGCCAGACAAGAAGGAUGUUUCUCUAGACUCAGAUGCCGAUCGCCCCCCAACUCCCGGCAAGCUGUUCAGCCAGGGUGCAGACAGUAGUGUGGCCAGUGCCAAUGGCAGCAAGUCCCAAGGAAGAGGGGCAAGUCCCUGGAACCCACAGAAAGAAAACGAGAAUAGUAAUCCCAAGGCUUCUUCAAGUCAGGUGGCUCCCGCGUUGGACCCCGGGGGUGAUCAGCCUUCCAGGGCGUCUAAAAAGGAGCAGGCAGAGGACCCAGUGGAGGCAGGAGAGGAGACUUCCAGGAGGGAGAGUGCAGCCAAGGAGCCAAAGGAGGCUCCUGCCUUGGAGGAGAACACCUCAGACAUCAGUGAGGAGUCAGAGAUCCAUGAACACUUGAAGGACGCUGGGCACUCAGGGUUCAAAGCUUCUGGCCCUAAGCCUUUCCUCGACCUGGAUUUGGGCUUUCGUGGCCGCAUCUCGGAGCACCUGCUGGAUGGUGACACGCUUUCUCCAGUCUUGGGUGGAGGCCGCUGGGAGGCCCAGGGGUUAGACCAAGAAGAACAAGAUGACAGCAAAUCCAGCAUCGCUGAGCCACAGAGCAAGCAUACCCAAGUCUCUGAGAGGGAACAGCUCCAGAGUAGCCCUCACAGCCAGGCCACUGAGGAAGGGCCUUUGCAGACCCUGGAGGGGCAGCCUGAGUGGAAGGAAGCAGAGGGGCCUGGGAAGGACUCUGUAGAAGCCAGCCCCGCCCCACUGUCCCUCCUCCAGAGCCUCCUGAAGGCACAGCUACAGAAAACCUCGGAGGAGGAGAAGGAAAAGGAGACUCAGAUAAGAGAGGAGGAAGGCCGGAGGCUGGCCUGCCUCCAGGCUGAGGUGCAGUCCAGUACCGAGGCUUUUGAGAACCAGAUUAGAACUGAGCAACAGGCUGCCCUACAGAGGCUUCGAGAAGAGGCUGAGACUCUCCAGAAAGCGGAAAGAGCCAGCUUGGAACAGAAAAGCAGGAGGGCGCUGGAGCAGCUGAGGGAGCAGCUGGAGGCCGAGGAGAGGAGUGCACUGGCCGCCAUGAGGGCAGAGAAGGAGGCGGAGAAGGAGGCCGCUCUGCUGCAGCUGAGGGAGCGGCUGGAAGGGGAGAGGAGGGAAGCAGUGGCAGGCCUAGAGAAGAAGCACAGCGCUGAGCUGGAGCAGCUCUGUUCCUCACUGGAAGCCAAACACCGGGAGGUGAUCUCCAGCCUCCAGAAGAAGAUAGAGGGAGCUCAGCAGAAAGAGGAGGCCCAAUUACAGGAGAGCCUUGGGUGGGCCGAGCAGAGAGCUCAGCAGAAGGUUCAUCAGGUGACUGAGUAUGAACAGGAGCUCAGCAGCCUCCUUCGAGACAAGCGCCAGGAGGUAGAGAGGGAACAUGAGAGGAAGAUGGACAAGAUGAAGGGGGAGCACUGGAAAGAGAUGGCUGAAGCUAGAGAGCGCUACGAAGCUGAGGAGAGAAAGCAGCGGGCUGACCUUCUGGGGCACCUGACUGGAGAGCUGGAGCGCCUGCGAAGGGCCCACGAGCGGGAGUUAGAGAGCAUGAGGCAGGAACAGGACCAGCAGCUUGAAGACCUAAGGCGUCGACACCGGGACCAAGAAAGGAAAUUACAAGACUUAGAGGUGGAACUCUCGUCCAGAACUAAAGAUGUCAAGGCCAGACUGGCUCAGCUGAAUGUUCAGGAGGAGAACAUGCGACAAGAGAAGCAACUUCUCCUGGAUGCGCAGAGGCAGGCUGCUCUGGAGAGGGAGGAAGCCACAGCCACCCACCAGCACCUGAAAGAGGCCAAGAAAGAGCACACACACCUGCUGGAGACAAAGCAGCAGCUGCGAAGGACCAUCGAUGACCUGAGGGUCCAGCGGGUGGAGCUUGAGUCCCAGGUGGACCUGUUGCAGGCGCAGAGUCAGAGAUUGCAGAAGCACCUGAGCAGCCUUGAGGCUGAAGUACAAAGGAAGCAGGAGGUCUUGAAAGAGAUGGCAGCUGAGACGAAUGCUUCCCCACACCCGGAGCCAGGCCUCCACAUUGAGGACCUGAGGAAAUCCUUUGGCACAAAUGAGAACCAAGAGCUGUCUUCUUCUCUCUCCCUGAGUAAGGAGGAGAUCGACCUGUCUAUGGAGAGCGUCCCACACUUCCUCUCUGCUGAGGGUGUAGCUGUGCGCAGCGCUAAGGAGUUCCUGGUGCGCCAGACGCGCUCCAUGCGGAGGCGACAGACAGCUCUGAAAGCCGCCCAGCAGCACUGGCGCCAUGAGCUGGCCAGUGCCCAGGAGGUAGACGAAGACCUGCCAGGCACUGAGGUCCCGGGAACCAUGCGCAAGAACUUGGAUGAGGAGACCAGGCACCUGGAUGAGAUGAAGUCAGCCAUGCGCAAAGGCCAUGACUUGUUGAAGAAGAAAGAGGAGAAGCUGAACCAACUGGAAUCUUCUCUCCAGGAGGAGGUCUCUGACGAGGACACUCUGAAAGGAUCCUCUAUCAAGAAGGUGACCUUUGAUCUCAGUGACAUGGACGAUUUGAGCAGUGAGAGUCUAGAGUCCAGCCCCGUGCUGCACAUCACCCCGCCCCCGAACUCUGCUGAUCCCAACAAGAUCCAUUACCUGAGCAGCUCCCUUCAGCGAAUCAGCAGCGAGCUAAACGGUGUGCUGAAUGUGUUGGGAAGCCUCAACUCCCAGCCGCCACCCCAGGGCCUCAUCAGCCAGCCCCCGCCUCCGCUCUUCACCUCCUCACUUCGGUCCUCCAAGAACGUCUUUGCCCCUGCCUACUCCUCCAAGACCAAGCUCUCCUCCUUAUCUUCCAUCACACCCAUGUCCACCCAGUGGGCCUGGGACCCGGGGCAGGGCACCAAGCUGGUCUCCUCUUCCUCCUCCUCUCAAACUGUGGAUGAUUUCCUGCUGGAGAAGUGGCGCAAGUAUUUUCCCUCUGGCAUCCCGUUGCUCAGCGGCUCCCCUCCCCCACCGGAGAACAAGCUGGGUUAUGUGUCUGUAAGCGAGCAGCUCCAUUUCCUGCAGCGCUCCCACCCUCGAGUCCCCAAGUCGGACAGUGUCAGCAUUCAGAGCAUGAUCGAGUCCAACCGGAAGUGGCUGGAACAUUUCCGGAACGACCCCAAGGUACAGCUUUUCUCCUCGGUGCCCAAAUCAACAACCACAUCGAACUUACUGCAGCUGGGCCUGGACGAGAACAACAGACUGAAUGUGUUUCACUACUGAGCCCCGUGUGGGGCGGGGCAGGGCGGCCUCCUCCUCUAUGACAAGUGCCUGAGGAGCCGCCAACACUUUAUUUCUCUCUGGUCAAGCAUGUCCUCCGUUGUGAACUCCACCGAGGACUUAGAGGAGCCAUUGGGUUAGAUAGGUGGAAAGGACGGCUGUAGACGGCCACACACGCUUCAACCAUGGACCGUCCUGAGCAGAAAUGUGGACAUCUGCGAGCUUCUGCAUCCAAGUGGCACUGAGAGGUGGCUGCUGAAGACUUCAGGGGUGUGGACACCUUAGUUAAAGCCACUGCUCUGGGAGGCCUAGGGAACCUCCUUGGAGGUUGGCCCCCUGCUGAGGGUGUGGUUCCUUCAUCCGCACGGCCUCCUAGCAUGGCAUGCCCUGGCAUGGCAUGCUGGGCCUGUGCCUCUUUCGGAUACCUCAGCCCCGACAGGAUCACACGUCCCUCUCUUUUUGCCUUUUUUUCUUUUUAAAUGUCUUCUCACUGUCACAAGUUUGGGCUCAGCUGCCUGAGCCCGGCUGGAUGUUGCUAGAGGGCCCCAGAGGGAUGUUCUGCCUCCUUCCCUUCUGCUGGCACCGUGAUUUCCUCACGAUUCUCAGGAGCACCCCCCACCCCGACCCCCCUUUAGGAUGCUCUCUGGAGCUCUUCCUUGCCCUCAGGUCUCAAGCACCUGUCUUUCCAGGAAGCCAAAAAGCCAUAGGGAAAGAGGGGGAUGCCUUCUGCCUAAUCUUGGUAUUUCUCUUCUUCAACAUCCCGAGUGUGUCUGUGAGCCCUGUUUCCAUCUGUCCCUCUAUCUGGGCCUCUCCUAGCCCAGUCCAACUAUCAACUGUGUCCAGAGCUCAGUGGGUGGGGCUGACUCCAGCCUGGCCCCAGCAGGGACCAUCUUGGGUCAGGUGCUUCUGGCUCAAGCCUCCUCUGCCCCACUUCCCCUCAGCGGGCUCUGCAGGAGCUGCAGGUGAUGUUCUCAGCAUCUGUCUCCCUGUUUAAACAAAAUGCCCUCAUUUUUCUUGUCUUGAGAAGCUGCAGGCUGCCUCUACCCCUGCAGCCCACAGGGUCUCACCGAUUUAUUGUUCAUUUCUUUGCUGUGGAAUAAACCUCAAACGGCCAGUUGGCUUUUUACCCUUUAGAUAUUUUUUAGUCAUCAGCCGACCACACACAGAUAAAGUCCUUUUUGUUGUUACUUGUUCCACUCUGUGUGCCUUGAGAACCGCUCAUGUGAUACGACCGACUGACCGACUCUGGUGACAAUCCUGUGAUUUUUUUUUUUUUUUUACACCUAUUAAAUCUCUGUAAGUCAGUUUUCUAUGAG